AUGUGUAUGCUAUGUGCCGCAGAAUUCUAUGGAUUGGCUCUAUUGGCUCGACGUCUGCAACUAGAAGACGAAAGUGAAUGUACCUAUACCUUACAAAAUCGGAGAAGCUAUAAAAAUAAUACCAGUGACGAAAGCUGUGACUACAACGGUGGCUGUUUAAAAACCUUCUUUAGCAUUUGCAAUUGUGACCAAUUUGAGGACAGCCCUUGUGACGACGCUGGCGCUUGCUCUCGCGGCAGAUUCCGUGGUGGCGGAGGCCAUGGCGGCCCUGGUGCCAAGCCCUCUGCUCCCUGUGACUAUUAUGUUCGACGAUACACUGGCAACCAACGUGUCUCCCAUGGCGGCUCUGGAGCCAGUAGCACUGUGUACCGCAGAAACGUCGGCCCAGCGGCCAGUGGCCUUUCUGGUGGCAUUAGAACUGUUGCUGGUGGCUUUUCUGGUGACAUAAACCGUGUUGCAAGUGACUUUACGGGUGGCUUGAGCAAUUCUCCUAGCGACAUCUCCAACGGUACAAAUUUUCGCAACCGCAACACACGUAGUCAUAUAAGAUUUUCCAGUGCCUCUCACGGGCACUCUGGCGGUACUAGCCGUUUCUCUGGCGGCGUCUCUGGUGAUACUGGUCGUUCCUCCGGUGGCUUUUCUGGUGGCACUAGCAGUGUUGCUCAUGGUUUUUCUGGCGACAAAACCGUUGCUGUAUCUGGCGGCACUAGCGUUGUCACUAGCAGUGAUGCCAGAGGGGUUUCUGGUGGCGAAACCAGUGCCCCUAGUGCUGGCAGUAUCGCUGGCGUCACUAGUAAUGACGGUGGCAGCUUUACUGGCAGCACUAGCGGUUUGGCUGGUGAUGAUACCAAAACUUUUUUGGCUGAUAGACAAACUAGUGACGCUAGUGGUUCAGUUUCUGGUGGCACCAGUAGUGCCAUCGAUGGCCAGUUACGGGGUGCUGGCAUUGUCUCCCAGGGCUACUCACGUGAUACUCGCAGUAUGUCUGGCGGCACUAGCAGUGACGCUAGUAGUUUAUCUGGCGGCACUAGCAGUUUCACUGGUGACGUUUCUGGUGGCCCUGCCCGCGCCACGGGUGUAAGUUCUGGUGGGAGGAGCAGUGCCAACGUAGGCCAUGCACUGGGUGCUGAUAUGGUCUCCCGUGGCUAUGCACAUGGCUAUGGUACUAGCAAUGUCGCUGAUGACUUAUCUGGUAGGAAAACCAAUACUGGCGGAGUAUAUUCUGGCGUCUCUAGAAGAGAUUUUGCUGGCGACUUUUCUGAUGAAAAAUCUGGUGAUAUCGGUGGUAUUGGCAAAGCAGCUGGUAGCCACUCACUGCGUGCUGCUUUUGUCACCAGUGGCAAACUACAUGGUACGGGCAGUGGCUUUCCUGACGGCCCUAAGAGAGACGCUGGCGGUUUUUAUAGCGAGCCUGCCAGUGCUUCCGUUGUUGACUCCAGUGGCACUGGCAGUGCCCCCGUUCCUCACUCACUAGAUGCUGUGGUGCUGACUAGUAGUGGCGCUGGUGGCUUUACCGGUGGCCCUAGUAGUGCCAUUGGUGGCCACUCUCAGGAUACUGAUGCUAUCUCUCGUGGUUAUGAACGAGAUCCUAACAGCAUCGCUGCCGUCACUCAUAGUGGUGCUGGUGGUUUUUCAGGUGGUACCAGAAGUGCCAGUGGUGUCUACUCACAGGAUAGUGAUGCUGUCUCCCGCGGUUAUGAAAGUGGUGCCAGCAGUAUCAGUGGCGUCACCAGUAGUGGCGCUUGUGGUACCAAAAGUGCCACUGUUGGCACAAGUGUCUCACUGGAUGCUGAUGCUGUCUCUCGUGGUUAUGAACGUGGUGCUAGCAGUAUUGCAGGCGAAAUCAGUAGUGACGCUGGUGGCAGCAGCAGUUCCACUGAUGGCUACCCCCAGGAGGCUGAUGCUGUCGCCCGUGGUACAAGCAGUAUUGCUGACGACACCAGCAGUGGCGCUGACGUCACCAAUAGUGGCGCUGAUGGCGCCAGCAGUUUCACUGGUGGCUACUCACAGGAGGCUAGUGUUGUCGAACGUGGUUAUGGACGUGGUCCUAUCAGUAUCCCUGGCUUCACCAGUAGUGGACCUGCUAGCUUUUCUGGUGGCACUAGCGGUUUAUUUAGUUCUGGUACCAAAGCUAGUGCUGGUGUAAUUUCGAUUGACACCAGCGGUGUCUCUGGUGGCCAAAGUAGCUCACUGGAUGCUGGUGAUGUCUCCCGUGGUUAUGAAGGUGAUGCUAGCAGUAUCGCUGGCGACAUCAGUAGUGACGCUGGUGGCAUUUCUGGUGGUACCAGUAGUGCCACUGGUAGCCACUCACAGGAUGCUGAUGCUGUCUCUAGUGGUUAUGAACGUGAUCCUAGCAGUAUCGCGGGUGUGACUAGUCGCGGUGCUGGUGGCACUAGUGUUUUAUAUAAGAACUCUUCUAGUACCAAAGCAAGUGUUGCUGGUGUAAUUUCGAUUGGUACUAGCAGUGCAGCUGGUGGCCAAGUACUAGAUGCCGAUACUAUCUCUCAUGAUUAUGAACAUGGUGCUAGUCGUAUUGCUGCCGCCACUAGUAGUUAUCCUGGCGGCUUUUCUGGUGGCACUACCGAUUUAUUUGGUGACUCUUCUGGUGGCAAAGCAAGUGCGGCCGCUGGAUCAACUGGUGGAACUAGCAGUGCAGCUGGUUUUUUUUCUGGUGCCACCAGCAGUGACAGUGGUGACCGUUCUCCGGAUGCUAAUACUGUUUCUAGUACCUAUGAAGGUGAUGCUAGCAGUAUCCCUGGUGUCACUAGUAGUGACGCUCACGCUGGUGGCUUCUCUGGUGGCACUACCGAUUUAAUUGGUGACUCUUCUGAAGGCAAAACCAAUGUUGCCAGUGUAUUUUCUGGUGGGACUAGCAGUGCAACUGGUGUUUAUUCUAGUGCCACCAGCAGUGACACUGGUGGCCACUCACUGGAUUCUAAUAUUGGUGCUAGCAGUGUCGCUGGUACGUACACCUACGGUGGUGACGCUGGAGUUCGCUUCGAUAACACACCGUCUACUUUUUCCGUAGGCAUGACAGAAGGCACAGGUGCUGUUGCUGGAGGAGUUUCUGGAGGCACCAUGACAGCUGCCAGUGGCAUCACAGAUGGCAUUGCCACAGUUGGGGGAGGCGUACUUAGUGGGGCUGGCCUUGUGAUGCCACCGGUGGGUGGCGUCACUACUUUCUUUGCCAGUGCUAUCGAUCCUAGUGGUGCAGUUUUGAGCCAAACAGGUGGCAUUAGUGGUGUCACUGGUUUAGUCUCUGGCGGCAUAAGCACAGUUGCUAGUGGCAUCGCGGGUGGUAUUGGGGCGGUUGUCAGUGGGGUCGCGAGUGGAAUCAGCAUGAUUGCCGGAGGUGUCGCAGAAGGGCUUGGCACUGUUGCCCCUGGUAUGUCUAGUGGCAUUGUCACAAUCGCUUCUAGCGCCACGAGCGGUGUAGGCACGGUUGCCAGUGGUGUGACUUGGCCAGUUAGCACGGUUGUCACUGGUAUUACAGGCGGAAUAAUAAACGUCGGUAGGGGCAUUUCUCACGGUUAUAGUAGUAGCACCGGUGGUGUUGCUAGCAGUAUUGUUGGUGGUGUCACAGGUGUUAUUACUACUGUCACUGGUGGGGUCGCCAGCGGCUUUGGGGCUAUAGCCAGCGGCAUCACAAGUGGUAUUAGAAAUGUUGCGAGUGGGGUGUCCGGUGCUGUUACUACUGUUACCGGCGGCAUCUCUGGUGGCUUAGGCAGUUUCGCUACAGGCAUUACUGGUGGUAUUUCUAACAUUUCUACUAGCGACUUCACGGGUAGCCUGACAACUGCCACUGAAGGAGUCCCUAGCGAUUUUAAUCCGGUUAUCAUUGGUAUCACGUCUAUCACUAUUGUUAUUGCCGGAGAGAUCUAUAAUGGCAUAUCAACUAUUGGUCAAGGAAUUUCUAGUGGCAUUGGCACUACCGCUAGUGGAGUUAUCUCGGUUCUUGGCGGUGUCAUAAGUGGCAUCGCCAGUUCUCCCGGUGGAGUAUCUAGCGUCAUUGCCACGGUCGCCGGUGGGGUCUCUAGCGGCAUUGCCACGGUUGCCAAUGGGGUUUCGAGUGGCAUUGUUGGUUUUGCCGGUGUGGUAUCUAGCGGUAUUGUUACCGUAGCCGGUGGUGUCUCGAGUGGCAUUGCCAGUGUUGCCGGUGGGGUCUCCAGCGGCAUUGCUACGGUCGCCGGUGGUGUCUCAAGUGGCAUUGCCAGUGCUGCCGGUGAGGUCUCAAGUGGUAUUAUCACAGUCGCCGGUGGGGUUUCGAGUGGCAUCGCCAGUGCUGCCGGAGGGGUCUCGAGCGGUAUUUCCACGGUGGCCGUUGGGGUGUCGAGUUGUAUUGCUAGUGCUGCCGGUGGGGUCUCUAGCGACAUUGCCACGGUCGCUGGUGGGGUCUCGAGUGGCAUCGCCAGUGCUGCCGGUGGGGUCUCGAGUGGUAUUUCCACGGUGGCCGUUGGGAUGUCGAGUGGUAUUGCCAGUUCUGCCAGUGGGGUCUCUAGCGCCAUUGCCACGGUCGCCGGUGGGGUCUCAAGUGGUAUCAGCACUUUUGCGGACAGUAUAUUCGAAGGCACUAAAUGGGUUUUGCCCGACAGCUCUGGUGGCCUUGGUUUUUCCGAAGGCUUUGGUACUGGAACAUCCGCUGCAAUGGUUGAAAGUGCAGGCAUCAUAGUCUUCACAAUCUGGUACAUUGGGAUCGCCUUCAACUAUAUCAUGGGUUGGUUACCUGCGCCACCUCCGCCUGCUGCCGCAGCGCCUCCACCAGGCCCCCCAGGGCCUCCCCCACCCGUGCAACCCAAGCCUUUACCGCAACUACCACUGCCUGACACCAGAGGCUGACCAGAAGAUAAUGGUGUGUUGAAGAAUGUCUUGGUGUCGACAAAACCUUGGUGUUUAAUACCAUGAGCUGAAACUUCGUUAAUAGGAAUGUUAUCGAAAAAGGAACGCGAAAAACAAGUUUCUUUAUACUCUUGGAUGUUGCCGAUGCUACGAACAAACUUAUAUUGAUAACCAAUUGAUUUUUUUACAUUAAAAGUUUGAAAAUUGUACCCAAAGUCAAAUAUAUUUAGACUCUUAAUUACAUAAUGUUGUAGGUUUUAUACGGUAAUAAAGCACUUUUCGAUUAA